UGUUUACAAAAUAUAAUUUUAAUACGUUAUUUAACUAACUUUAUUCUAAUUGAAAAAUUUUAAUUUUACUUAUUCUUAAUUUUUUUAUGUACUACAUAUAAAAAUUUCUCAGAUCUAAGUAGAUUAAUUUUAUUAUUGUAAUAUUUUUUAUUAUCAAAUUAUACCGUAACUCCUAUUUAUUGUAACAAUGGAAGAAGAAUCUGAAGUAAAAGAAUAUCGUUGGGAGGGAGGUUAUGAAAAAACUUGGGAAGAAGUCAAAGAAGAUGAAGGAGGAAAUGUAGAAUGGUCUGUCAAGGAAAUUAUAGAAAAAUCCAAACGAUCAUUGGCUGUACGUCAACCCAAUAUCCGCCUUGGCAUGAUGCGACAUUUAUAUGUUAUAAUUGAUUGUUCAAAUUCUAUGCUAGAAAAAGAUUUAAAACCUACUAGGCAAAUCUGUACUUAUAAAUUACUUCAAGAUUUUAUACAAGAUUAUUUUGAUCAAAAUCCAAUUAGUCAACUUGGUCUUAUUGUAACACGUAAUUCUUCAGCAGAACGAAUUACUGAAUUAUCAGGCAAUCGAAAAUAUCACUUAGAAGAAUUGAAAAAGACUCUUGGAAAUUUUCAUUACUGUAACGGUCUCUUAUCUGUACAGAAUUCUUUAGACUUAGCAUUGUCUUUUAUGAAAACUUUGCCAUCACAUACAAGUCGAGAAAUUCUUAUUAUUGGUUCUAGUUUGAGUUCAUGUGAUCCAGGAGAGAUUAAUACCACAUUGGAGACUCUUAAAACAAAUAAUAUUCGAGUUUCUAUUAUACAUCUAGCUGCUGAAGUUCGGAUGUUUCGACAAUUGUGUGAUGAAACUAAAGGAAAACAUAGUGUUAUUGUUGAUGAUGUUCAUUUUAAGCAUGUUUUAUGGUCUUUAGUAGAACCAGUUCCAUUACCUAGUUCAGUUGAUGCAUCAUGUGUAAAAAUGGGGUUUCCUCAAGAGUUAGAGCAAAAGCCUCCAUUUACUACAUGUUCAUGUCAUUUAACUGAAGGUGGUAAACUGAAUGCUAAAGGUUAUUUUUGCCCACAGUGUAAUAGCAAAUAUUGUGAAUUACCUGUCGAAUGCAAAUGUUGUGGUUUAAUAUUAGUAUCUUCAUUGCAUUUGGCUCGUUCUUUACAUCAUCUGGUUCCAAUUAAAUCAUUUGUAAAGAUUGAACCAGAAGAAGGUGCUAUGGCUUAUUGUUAUGGAUGUAGAAAAAGGAUACGGAUUCCAUCAGAACCAGUUUAUUUGUGUGAAUCCUGUAAGAAACACUACUGUGACAGCUGUGACUUUUAUAUUCAUAAUACAUUACAUGUAUGUCCUGGGUGUGCUGUAAAGCGAGAAGACAAAAGAUAACACUGUAUAGAAUCAAAUAAAUGGUAAUAUCAUUUUCUAACCUACAAUAAAUUUUCUUUGAAUUAGAAAACAAAGAUUUAUGAAUUAUAUUGUUAUUUAAUAUAUGAAAAUAUUGAAGAUCAAUUUUUAUUUGAUAUUGUAAAACAAAAUAAAUUACUAUUUGUGUUAUAAUCAA